UCCUCAUAUGCUCUUCACAAGUUGGACAAGGGAGAAUUCGUCGAGCUUUGGUACUUUACCAAUGAUGGGUUGGACGAAGCAUCAGUUAAAAAGACGAUAGACGACGAUGCAAUGGUAUUGUCAACUCUAGCUGAUGGUUCCACAGCGUGGAUAUCGUCAGCCUCAACACGGCGUGCGCGCUCCAUAAUCAAUGACGAGAACCUACUGUUUGAAGAAUUUUGUCAAGCAUGUCCCCGUUUUCUAACGGCAAUAGAAGAAGCAGGUUGGCCUCAGGACAGGAUCAGAAUGACUGCACUAUUCUGGAGGAAUUUGCAAGUUCACAGCUAUCGCUCUCUCCGAGAUCCGUUAGCUCAGAAGACGCUCUUGGUAUAUCAAGCUGAGCAGCGUAAACGCUGGCACGUAGCAGCCAAAUCUUCAAUUGGCCCAUAUGAUAUAUCGGUUGUCAAUGAGAAAGUAUUAGAGGAUAUGAGAAGCAGAGUA